AUGCUCCCUUCACGAGCUGCGGCGCGUCUUUGCUGCCGGUCGGCUUAUUCCCGGCUGCUCCCUCAGCGGCGCUUCAACCAUAGCCUCCUGUCGAGCAAGUUCCUGAAUGUCUCUGAGGAAGUUCGUGAUGCUGUAGCAACGGGGAAGCCCGUCGUGGCGCUGGAAACGACUAUCUACACCCACGGAUUUCCCUUCCCGGAGAGUGUCGCCCUAGCCGAGCUUCUCGAGUCCGUCGUCAGAGUCAAUGGCGGUGUCCCCGCAACCAUUGGUAUCCUCAAUGGUGUAGCCCGGGUUGGUCUGUCGCCGGACGAGCUAAUUGAACUGGCUUCGACUGCCGAGAGUAAAGACGCUCUGAAGGUCUCACGAAGAGAUCUGGGCUACAUCUGUGGUCUGGGCUUAGCUGGUAAGCGGCUUCACGGCGGCACGACGGUCUCAGGCACUAUGAUCCUUGCCCAUCUUGCAGGUAUUCGAGUUUUCGGUACCGGCGGUCUCGGCGGUGUUCAUCGCGGCGGAGAAAACUCCAUGGAUAUAUCUGCCGACCUCACGGAGCUGGGGCGAACCCCGGUGGCUGUCGUUAGCUCCGGAUGUAAAAGCUUCUUGGACAUCCCCCGGACUCUUGAGUACCUUGAGACGGAGGGUGUCUGCGUUGGAACUUUUGCCGAUGGCCGUCAGGGAUCUGUGGAUUUCCCGGCGUUCUUCACCCGAGACAGUGGCAUCAAGAGCCCCAAGGUCAUCCAAAACGAGGCCGAGGCUGCGGCCAUAAUCUACGCGCAAACUAAGCUUCCAUUGUCAUCUGGAAUGCAUUUCGCUAAUCCCGUGCCGGUAGAACAGUCCAUUGCUAAGAAUGAAAUGGAUGCUAUCAUCGAAGAGGCCCUCCGACUGGCUGAUGAGGAAGGUUACCACGGAAGCGACAACACGCCGUUCGUGUUGUCUAAGAUCAAGCAACUCAGUGGUGGAAAGAGUGUCACGGCCAAUCGAGCCCUGAUCGAGGCGAACGUCCAGCGAGCGACCAAGGUAGCCGUGGAGCUUGCCAAGUUGGAGCAGUCCCACGGAUCGCUUAACGAACGACAUAUGCCAGCAAUUUCCCGCACUGUGAAGGCUGACCAAGCAACUUCAGAGCCAGAGCUGGCGCAGCUCCACUCGACCAGUGAGAAUCCCGCCGAGAAGCUAGACAAGGCCGAUGUUCUCGUUGCUGGCUCCCUUGCUAUUGACCUGUCCUGUGACUAUGCCCCCUUUGCGGGAGAAUCCAGCAAGACCCCCGUCCCACACACGUCCAACCCCGCCGUCAUCUCCCAGAGCCUUGGAGGAGUGGGCCACAACGUGGCCAUCGCUUCCAGCUACCUCGGAAGCUCCGUUCUCUUCUGCAGCGUUGUCGGAGAAGACCUCAGCGGCCGCGCUGCACUCUCAACCCUUCGUGCGGAGGGACUUACCACCCAAGGCAUCCAGAUCCUCCCCGCCUCGGACGGCGCCCGGACGGCCCAGUACAUCGCCGUCAACGAUGCCACCAAGGACCUGGUUCUCGCCAUGGCCGACAUGGGCAUCAUGGAGCUGCGCGAGCACGUCCUCGACUUCGACGGGUUCUGGGAGCCCAUGAUCGCGCGCACCAAGCCCCAAUGGGUCGUCGUCGACGCCAACUGGAACCCCGACGUGUUAGCCAAAUGGGUCACCGUAGCCAAGAAACACGGCGCCCGGGUGGCCUUCGAGCCCGUGUCCACGGCGAAAAGCCGCCGACUCUUCGGCAGCGCCAACGCCGUUAUCACACCCUCCGCGUCGGUCCCCAACCACGGUAUCAGCCUCGCCGCGCCCAACCAGUACGAGCUGGCAGCCAUGUACAUGGCCGCACGGGAGAACGGGCUCCUCGAAUCCGACGGCUGGUGGCGCAUCAUCGACGCCAUGGGCAUGUCGGCGUCCGGGUCCCGGGACCGCCUCGUGGCCAUGACCUCCGCCACCCUGGUGGACCAGGGCAUCCCGCAGCAAAGCAUCCAGCUCCUACCCUACGUUCCCUGCCUCGUCACGAAGCUGGGCUCGCAGGGCGUGCUGGUCACCCAGCUGCUCCGCCCGGGUGACCCGCGUCUGACGGCCCCCGAAUCCGCGCCGUAUAUUCUCUCGCGUGCCCCGCCAACCGACGAGGUGAUCGGCGGCGUGUAUCUGAGGUUGUUCCCCCCGGCUGCGGUGCUGAAGGACGAGGAUAUUGUCAGCGUCAACGGCGCGGGCGACACGCUCCUCGGGGCGGUCAUCACGGGGCUGGCUAAGAGUGGAGAUGUAGGCACGGUGGAAGAUGUGAUUCCGCUUGCACAGGAGGCUAGUCUUCGGACAUUGAAGAGCGCAGGAGGAGUCAGUAGCGAUAUCAUCAACUUGCGACAGCAUUAA